AGCAGGGCACCAACUCAACGUGCUGCUCUACGCUUCUCUUUGCGAUGAACCCUGCCGCGUAAAGCUAUACGCGCACCACAGAGACCUGACGCUCUUUUUUUGGCUGCAUAUUUAUGAGAUAAAUGAGAACCUCACUCAUGAUUAUUGGGACUUUGGGCAAGUUUGGACCAAGGCAAUUGCGCACGUAAAAGGAAACUGCGUGGAAAGUUGAAAUGGACUUUAAAUGAGAUGAUGGUGGACUCAUUAUAAAGGGAUUUGGGUUAAUGGAUUUUGUUAAAGGCGGAAAGAAGUUUGGAGUUUGGAGCCCGAUCCACAUGGAUGUCCUGGAUUAAUUUGAUUUUCUGCUGUUCUACCUAAAGAUUUACAAAGAAAAAAUGUGACUACCUGCACCUUUUUUUUUGUCACCUCUACAUAUGUAUAUAUAGAUAUCUAUAUGUCUAUAUAUACGUGUAUAGUUGUUAUUCUUAAACAGCUUUAAAUCACAAUUCUCCUUGUUGAGAAGAGAAUGGAAGAUUACAUUUUGUCUGCCAGAGGAGUUUAGAAGAAGAGCAUCAAUGGAUUGAGAGAAUCUCAGCUCCAGUGUAAAGUGCCUGAAGCAGAUUGAAAGAUGUGUGAAGGAGUGUGACGGACGGCCAUGGGACUUGAGAGACGGUGGCUUCAGGCUGUCACCACUGCUGUAGCCAUCUGUCUGCUAAGUGUGUCUCAAGGUUUGGCAUCGCUGGUUCGUUCCAGAGAGGGGGGCUCUGCGGAGCUUAGCUGCAGUCUCUCUCCUACAUCCAAAGAAGCCACCACGCCAAACCUUUUUCCAUUACAUGUGGUGGAGUGGGUGAGGCUGGGUUACAACGUCCCCAUCCUCAUCAAAUUUGGAGUGUAUGCUCCUCGUGUUCACCCGAACUAUAAAGGGCGUGUGUCUCUGACCCGGGACGCCUCCCUGCUGGUGGAACGGCUGACCCUGGAGGACGAGGGCUGGUUCGAGUGCCGCAUCCUUCUCCUGGACAGCAAAACAGACGAUUUUCAAAAUGGCACAUGGACCUUUCUCUCCAUCACAGCGCCACCUGUAUUUAUUAAGACACCACCAACUUUUGUGGAGGUUCUGCUCGGAGACUCACUCACUCUGAGCUGUGGAGCCCAUGGGAACCCCCGACCCACCAUUGUCUGGCACAAAGAUGAGAGCCUAAUAGAGAAACACGAAAAAAUAAAAGUGCUCAAUGGAACCUUGUCUUUGGCCUCCGUCACUAGAAAUAUUUCAGGAGUGUAUAAAUGCCAUGUAUCCAACUCCGAGGGGAACCUGACCCACUAUACAGAGCUGCAGGUCCAAGGUCCUCCAAUCAUCCUCAUUUCCCCUGAGGACACCACUCUCAACAUGUCUCAGGAUGCAGUUCUGCAGUGUCAGGCGGAUGCAUACCCUUCAAACCUCACCUACGAGUGGCUCAAACAAGGACAGAAUGUUUAUCAUAUUGAGUCCUUAAAAUCCAGAGUGAAGAUUUUGGUGGAUGGAACACUUCUAAUCCCUAAUCUCAUCCCAGAGGAUGCUGGCAACUACACCUGUAUCCCAACUAAUGGGUUACUGACCCCUCCCUCAGCUUCGGCACAUCUAAAAGUGAAACAUCCUGCGCGUGUUGGCCGAAUGCCUCGGGAAACAUUUUUGCCAGCAGGCAUGGAGGGGGUUAUUAUUUGCCCGGUUCAGGCUGAUCCUCCUGUGCUGUAUGUCAACUGGACCAAAGAUGGAAAGAAUUUGAAUCUUGACAAUUUCCCAGGCUGGAUGGUGAACUCAGAGGGCUCUGUUUUUAUAACAACAGCCAAUGACAACGCUGUAGGAAUGUACACCUGCACAGCCUAUAACAGUUACGGUACCAUGGGCCAGUCUCAGCCCACCAAAGUCACUUUGCAGGACCCACCAUCAUUUCGAGUGCCCCCUCUGCCUGAGUAUCUCCAGGAGGUCGGCCGGGAGUUGAUCAUUACGUGUGAAGCCAUUGGAGACCCUGCUCCUAACAUAACCUGGAGCAAGAUUGGCCCGACUCCUCGUUCGCCAUUCAGCGUGCUGUCUAACGGGUCCCUCCUGCUGCAGCCUCUGAGCAAAGACCACCAUGGAGGCUGGGAGUGCUUGGCCACCAAUCGCGUUGCGACUGUCAGCGCGGGCACUGUGGUCAUGGCGCUGGGCACCAGCCCUCAUGUUGUGUCCGCAGUGACUGUCACAACAGAGAUGAACCAGGCUAACGUGUCGUGGGUCCCGGGCUUUGAUGGUGGAUUCACCCAAAAGUUCACUGUAUGGUUCAAGCAGACGUCCAGAGGGAAACACGAAUGGGCGUCUCUACCCGUGCCAACGUCCAAAGAUUACCUGUUGGUGACUGGGCUGCUUGCUGGCACUGGUUAUCAGUUCAGUGUCUUGCCUCAGAAUAAACUUGGAUCAGGACCUUUCAGUGAAAUUGUAUCCGUGCGAACCAAAGCUGUGCCAACAGAGGCCCCCUCGGCGGUCACCACCCUGUCGAACCUGGAUCCUCCCCUGCUCCUGUCAGCAAACCGGACUCGUCAGGGGGUUUUCCUCCAGUGGUUGCCUCCAGAGGCUCCGCUGUCUCCACUCACAGGCUUCAUGCUGCAGGCCCGCAGGGACCAGGGCCAGUGGGUCAUCCUCAGCAGCAACAUCAGCGCCAACCAGAGUGAGCUUCUGGUGCAAGGACUGCUCCGGGACUGUGUUUAUGAUUUGCGGCUGAUGUCUCGCAGUAACAAAGUGCUCAGUGAACCCAGUGAGGCUGUGAGUGUGUCCACUGCAGGGCUGGAGAUUUACCCCCUGCGCCCAAGCUUCUUGGAGGUCAUCCCUGAACCGCUGUUGGCUGGUGUGUUGGGGGGGGUGUGCUUCCUCUUUCUGGCCAUCAUCCUCGCGUUGGUGACAGCGUGCUACAUGAGUCACAGGAGACAGCGUCGACGCAGAAAGAAAAGACAAGACCUGCCAGCUGCUUUCCAGAAAAGCCCACCUCAAGAAGCUCGCUCACCUCCUCGCAGCCCAGACAGUGUCCUCAAGUGGAAGCUCUGUCCACCUCUUCCUUUCUUUCCAAAUCCCACGGGUUCACAGUCCAACCGGUCCACCUUUGACAAAGGCAGCCGCGGGGAAUACCACGACCAGCGGAAACAACUUUUGUCCAACGCAUCUCCACCACCGCAUUACACACUCUUUGAGAGCCAUCUUGGCUCUCAGGCUCCCUCACCAACUGCUCUGGAGUCCAUUUCCAGAGGCCCAGAUGGACGUUUCAUUGUCCAGCCGCUGCCGGAGGGUUCGAGUCCCUCCGGUAAAAAACGCUCUAACGACGCUCUGCAGAUUAACGGUGGAAUGAGCGGCUCUGGGAGCAACCGGACAUCUUACCGGGACUCGCCGAAGUCCAGCGUUUUGAGCUCAGACAAAGAGGAGAGGAAGGAAUCUCCUCUGACUGUGGACAUACCAGAGCUGAGCAGGCCUCCUCUCUCCCCAGGGAGAGUGCGGGCCAUGGCCAGAAACUUCUCCCGCCACGGGUGCUUUUAUUCUGACGACGAACAAGGCUCCGAGACCCUUCUGGAAAGAGCCAGCUUUUGUUCGGAUAACAGCGAGACAAAAAACAGAGAUUCUUUGAGGCGGCAUCGCAUGCUGGGGAACGCUGAGGACCUGUUCCCCAGCUUGGGGAGAAAAGCAAAACGUCUGGACAGGGACAGACUGGACCUUUUAGGCUACCAGCCCAUGGAGAGCCACUUGACUGAUGACAGCACAAUGGUCUCGCAGCUCGAGAGCGAACAGGAGAGGGACAGCGUAAACAAGUGUGUCCAGCUGGCAAAAGAGAGAGAAGAAAUCGAGAGGGAGUUAAAAAGUUAUGCGGCAGAUCAAAGACUGCGCGGCCGAGGAAGAGAAGAGCAGCGGGCUGAUAAAGGAGAGGGCUCUCAAAGGGACCCUCUCAAGUCAGAGGAAGAGACUGUGUGGAAGCUGCAAGAUGUUACUGUGAGACAGAAAAGCAGGUCCUCGGGGGUCACCAGCCGGGUGUCGGACUACAGGAAGGCAUGUUACUUUGGCAGCACCAGCAGCCCCCUGGACCGGCGCCCUGCCAGCCACAUACAGUGGGACAUCAGCCCCGUGACGUCUGCCACCAGCCUUAUAGCAGUCCAGAGCCCUCGCCAGACCACCUCACCGGUCUCACAGCAUGGCCGCACAUGUGCAGAGACUGCAGAUGAUUCCACUCUGGAUUCACCACGCUCUCCAGUCACACAGAACACCUCCCUGCCUAUGCUCUCCCCCGAUGUCACCUCUGAAACCCCUGUCCCGUGUUUCGAAACGUCGGGGGGAGCCCGGCCUGACACGCGCACAGAGUCCAGCGCUGAGCAGAGCUUAAGGGGCCAGAUGGACGACGGAGGCGCUCCAGGAUCUGCGUCUGCUUCACACCAUCAGAGGGGGAGAGUCGCAGAGGCGGCCUACGCACCCGCAAGGGAUCCCAGUCCCUCCAGUUAUUCAACCUUACCCUAUGGACGUCAUGAGGUUGGAGCAAAGGCCAAAGACCGAGACGCCCCGGGUCGCAAUGAGCAAAGGAGCCUCACGCUUUACUCUGAAAUGGAGAGAGAGGGCAUCCGAGCACGCUCCAGGACGAGCGACAGAUGUCUGUACCCGGACAGUCCUAGCCCGGUCCCCACGUUAACCCUGGUUGAAGAGGUCGAGAGUGACCAGUCACAGGUUUCUGUGCCCAGGAUUUCAGACUCCUUUAAGACCAAGCCUGCUGCCCCAUCUCCCAAAAUGUCCCCGCUCCAGACAAGUGCAAUUCUGGAGUACCUGAGCCUCCCAGGCUUCAUUGAAAUGAGCGUGGAUGAGCCUGGGGAAGAAGCUGAAGUCUCGGCUACAUCUGGGGAAAGAUCAGAGCUGAGGCCAGACAAACCUGUAGUUGCUAAGCCUGAUGUCGUUCCACAAAACUGGGAAGUCCACGUUCAGGACGUCCCUGAAACUCAGUCAAGUCGAGAACAGGCUGAAUCCGACGGCAGUAAAAAGCAAGGCAGCAGACGUGGGCCCCACUCGCAGACCAGAGUCAGAUUCCCCGAUGACUCAAGGCCAUCCUCCCCCGCCCCAGAGAAAACCUGCAAGCAGCUCUACGACGAGAAAACUAAGAUACGAGCUUGGAGUAGCAGCGGGGACCGGCCAGAGUCCAGACCUGGAUACAGGUCAGCACACACGUUGUUCAGGGCAGCUAAAGACAUGGCGGAUAUAGUGUCCAAACACUCGCAGAGUUUAGCAGACAGCGGCGAGUCCUUCUCAGAGCAGGCCCAAAGACGAGCGCUUCAGGGAAGCCGGACGAACAACAUCGUGUCCCGGAUAAGUCAGGCCCCCGUGCCCUUUCUCAAGAAGUCCUUCAGCAUGGGCCCCUGCCGGACCCUGUCCGGUGUGGGGCAGCCUCGCCCUUUCCUGAAAAAAUCCAUCAGCCUGGGCUCACAGAGGUGGGAGCACUUUGAGAGCCCCAGGACUUAUAUUUCUGAGAGGUGCUACUGGGACGAGUUCUCCGGCCCGGACGUCAGGGUGAAGUCCUACAGCUUAGGCCGCACGCCGGCCUCCCUCCCCAGGCCGGGCCCGUCCUGGAGGGAGUACGUUCCAUUCAGGCGUCCCAGUAUGGGCAGCUUGGAGAGGCCUCAUCAUCCACAGAGAUGUUUGGCGAGUCCCUCCUACCUCUCUCCCUCUAUGUACCCACCAAGACAGACCUCAGUCUCUCCUGCCAUGGAGCCCUCGGAUCCACGCCGGCAAGCCGCCGUUUUCCCCGAGCCGUCCCGGUGGUCCCCCUCCUACCAUGAGCCCCUGAGGUCCAGCCAGUAUCAGUACGUGCCCCUGCCCGCUUCCAUCCCUGUCCCUCACUACCAGCACUGGCACAGCUCCAGAGGGGAAGGACCGAGGCCUGUGGACCCCAGGAAAGGCCCCCCAAGGUCCUACCUGCCCAGGGGCACCAGCUGGCCCUCUCCCUACUACCCGGCCUUCCCGCCGCGAGAAGCAGAAAGCUGCAGGGAGCAGGACAGAGCGGCGUACAGGGGCGGGGAGGGCGAGGGCCGGGAGGCGGGGAGGGCCAGCUACGCCAGCCAGAGCAGCGGGCGGGGCAGCGCCGGCCUCUUCCGCCAGUCCCUGUCCAUCACCCCCACGCUGCUCAGCUCCCCCGAAACCACGGAGGAGCACCAGCGCUACCGGGCCGACGCAGAGCCGCCCCACAGGAGAGUGAAAAGAAGGAACACGUCAGUAGAUGAGAGUUAUGAGUGGGACUCUGCUGACGCCUGUGUGGACCCGGAGGUCCUGGAGGCCACGCAGUUUGAUCAGUCACAGACGGGUUUUCGGAGCGGCAGGGGGGAGGGCAGAUCUGAUCAAACUAGCGGCCUCCAGGACCGGCACCAGAAGGGCCCGCCCCCCCCAGUCAGCCCGCCAGUUUCCAACCCUCCUCGCUGCAAGUACAGCCGCUCGCUAAGUGAGGCGCGCUUCAACGCCCUGCGGCUGGAGUACCAGGAGUACAGGCGGGCGCAGGAGUCCGUCUGUUCCCCCGAACUCGGUGCCUCUCCCUCCGAUACCAAACAGCAUUUAUCUCUGAGCAGAUGA